AUGAUCAAUGUCUCUAUUCAUAUCAGUUGCAUAGCGGAAACCUCGAAAGAUUUCAUCGGAACCAAGUCUAACGCCUCUGGAAGAUCCCAACCGAUAUCAAUGAGCUCACCAGAAAAGGAUUUCAUCUGCAAAUUUGUAGCUCUAGCUACUUUACAGCAAUCGGCUCUUUCUUCCGACUCGAAAAAACCAUUGCAAGAUGUUACCAAUCUAGGCGUAGCAUUACCGGCUUUGAGAUACAAAUACGACCAUAAAAGAGCCAGGAAAAGCGCAUUGUCAGGUCCUGGUACCAGUUCUGUUGUUCAACUGCGCUUAAAGUCGAUUAGAGCGCCCAAAUUCGUACACUCUAAAGAGUUCUCCCCCACCCAGACCAUAUAUCAAGUUAAACGGUUCUUGGUCGAACUUGAAGAUUCCAUCGUAGACACUUCUCAAUUGAAGAUAUUGUUGAAAGGUAAAGUGCUUCAUGACAAUGUGUUGGUGUCAGAUUUGAAGGUCCAAGAGGCCGAUUUGGUUGUUAUGGUCUCGAAGCUUCAGCAAUCACAAACUGUCACCGGUCAAGAAAGCGCUCAAGCUGCGACAGUAGAGGUACCUUGGAACAAGAUCAAAGCGCUUCUUCACGCAGAGAUAAGCAAUGCAGCCACCGCAAACACCAUUUUGGAGCGUCUUCAAAGGGGUUGGCAGUCCACAGAACCUUCGGAUCUGGAUUGA